AUGGCUCCAUCCGUUAUAGGCACAGGCCGUUACAGUCACUUCCAGGCAGCAGGUUCCGCGGCAGCAGGAGAGGGAUUAGAUAUCACCAACGGUGGCGCAGGCGUUACAUCUCACUCGAGCGUUACAUCUAUCUUACUAGACUCGCCCCCACCGCACGCCCAAUGGCACGUCGCCAGCUGUCAGUCCCCCCCCGUGUGCCCUCGCAUGGCCCCCUUCCUCGGCCCCCCAGGCUUGGAGCCGUUAGGACUGGGGGGAGAUGGUGGGGAAGGUCGGGGGGAAGAUCCGGGGGAAGGGGACGGGGCGGAUGGGGAGGAUGGGGGAGCGGAGGAGGGGCGGCUGGGGGAAGGCAGCACCAGCGGCGACAGGGGGAGUGAGGGGAAGGGCAGGGGAGGGGGCGUGUGGGUGUGUGAGAACCCCCAGUACGUGGAUCUGGGGGGGGUGGCCGGGGGAAGCGGGGGAAGCAGCGGGGGGAAGGGGGGAAGCGGGGGAGUGCAGUGGGCGGAGUGGGCGGGGAGGGUGCAUGAGCUGGGGAAUGUGUUUGUGAGCAGUGAGGGGUGGGUGUUCAAUGCAACCCAUGUGUUUCAUGCCAAUGGCUGCCACGGGCUCACCCAGUUCUUCUACCCUUUUGGCACCCGGGUAACCAUCCACGAUACCCUCGUCAAUCUCCUCGUCCCAAGAGGCCACGUGGCAGCUGCUGACGUGGCAGGCAGCAGAGGAAGAAGCGGAGCGACGGUGUUACAGCUGGCACCGCUGCUGCUGCAAGUGGCACCAUUCUUAAGAGAGAAUCCGGAUUUGCCUCUGCUGCUGGGUCAACCACGGCUUCCCCGCAUGCUUGCCGCCGCAUCUCUCAAGGCCACCAUUGUCGCGCCUCCUGCUGCUGACGAGCUCUACUUUGUCAGACGCCUCAUUCAGCCCACCCAGCAGCACUGCGGCCGUCUGAGCCCCUCGGUGUGGAUCCACCUCCGCUCCUCCUUCCUCCUCCACCCCUCCUCUAACCACCUACCCCUGCUGCAACCUGAUUGGUCUCUGCGGCCGGCAGCGGGUGGCACAGACCAGGAAAAAAGCAGCCACCUGGACAGUAGUGAAAGGGAGGAUGACAGUAGUGGUAUUGGAGAGGAGAGCGGGGGGAGGAAUAGGGAUGACAGAGAGGGAGAGGGAGAGGAAGGGGGAGAGGGGAGUGUGAACGGUGUGAGGGAGCAGGGGAAGGUCGUGGUGGUGACGAUGCCACGUGGCGUCCAGAUGGCGGAAUUUGAUUGGCUCGUGGGGCUGCUGAGGCAGCAGUUUGGGGAGAGCAACGUCACUGUGGUGCAGAGGCUCGGAUGGAAACAAGCACGCACACUCCUCCCCUGCACCUCCCUCCUCGUCUCCCUCCCCCUACCCUCUCUCCUCCCCCUCCUCAUAUACUCUCGCCUCAACUCCUCCCUCCUCCUCCUCCAACCCCCCACUGGCCUCUCACUCCCUCACUCUCUCCCCUCAUCCUCCUCCUCCUCCUCCUCCUCCCUCACUCACUCAAAGGAUGAUUCCUUACCCUCCCAGCCCCUUCUCUCCAACCCCUCGCCGGACCCGUUCCUUUCGUCAUCUUCCAUCAUCCAAUCCAUGAGUGCCACGUGUCAUCUGCACGUCGUCUCUGUACCGUCCGAGCGGCUGAAUUUCAAGCCUCUGCCGAAGCUGUGGCUCGUCACCGAGCCUGAGGUUCGGGAGGAUGGGAAAAUGGAUAUAGGAGAUUCCCAAGGAGGAGGUUCGGCAGUAGGUGCGGAGGGUGGAGGUUUGGAGAUGGAUGCUACUGUUACAGAUGCAGAUGAGAGGAGGGAAAAUGGUGAUGAGCGUAAUAAUGAUGAUGCUGAUUGGGGUGAGGAAGCCGCGGAAGAAGGGGAAGGAGAGAGCAAGGCUAAGCAGGGAGCAGGGAAGCGUGAAGAAGAGGAGGUGGAGAGAGGAGAGGAAGUUGAAAGAAGGCGUGAGCAAGAGGAGGAUGUGAGAGGGAUCCGGAUUACCUGGAGCAGGGAGGACCUGGGGGAGGCUGUAUCUGAGGCGUGUCUUCACCUGGCCUUGGAUUGCCUUAGGCUGGGAAGCAGAGGAGCGGCAACAGCAGAGGAGCGAGUGAGUGAAGCAGAACGGAAGAAACGGGAGAGGCUGGACAAGAAAUUGCGGAGACGGGAAGCCGAGGCCUGGAAGGUUCCUGGAAGCUGGCUGCGGCGCCGACGCGACGUCAGGGUGUUUGAGCGGUGGCUAGAGUGCAUCAGCCGCGAGGGAAAUUGGGUGUAUAACCCGACCCCGAGGGUUUUACCCUGGGAAUAUCCCGGGUUCAUGAACUUAUGCGAUCACAGGCAAGCGGAUGAAGGAGUGGGGGUGUCUGGGAUAAAAGCGGAUGAGGUUGUAAGGAGGGGCGGGAGCGAGGAGGAGUGGACAGUAAGAGAAUCGCUCAAGUACGAGUGGAGAACGCCACCUGGCAAGUGCCCAUUGGGCGGUUUGAAGCCGUUUGACGGAGCGGCGUUUUGCAAGCGGGCAAGGGAGGAGAGAGGGACGUUCACCAUCGUGUUUCUCGGCGACUCGCUGACCUUCCAGAUGGCUGGGAGCUUCUUGAACGGGCUGCUUCGGCACGUUGCCAAGCCUGCGUCCUGGGCUGUGGACGAAUCCGAACCCAAGCAGUGCGUUGAUUGGCUGCUUGGGAGAGGAGGAGGAGGGGGAGGAGCUGGAGCAGGAGCAGGAGUGAGUGAGGAUGGUUCCAAGAAGUUGCGCCGUGCUGCUCGCUGGAGGAAUUUAAGAAGUAGGGACGGUAAUACUAGUGCUGCUACAGGAGUUGGUACUGUGGGAGAAGAGGAAGGAGAGGAGGAAGAGGAGGAGGAUGACGAGGAUGGGGGUAUCGCUCCAGUGGUGGUGACACCACAUCCGUUCUGCAAGGUCUACGUGUUUCACGAGAAUGUGUGUCCGGGGGUAAAAAUACAUGUGAUUCGCAACGACCACCUUUAUAUUCAGGACCCUGAUUUAACCAGCCCCGCUGACGGCAGCAGCACCACCAGCAGCAGCAUCGGGAGUGCGACAAGUGGCAGCGUGCCAUUUGAUCACAUGCCAUGGCACUUGUACGACGGGUUGAUGAGCGCUGAUGUGGUGAUAAUUAAUCGUGGCGCUCAUUAUGUCGGCGGGAGGGAUUUCGGUGCAGGGUGCCAUGAGGCUGCUUCGCAGGAAGCUUCCUCGUGCGCUGAUCGUCUGUAG